GAAGGCUGAUUUGUGUGAGACAAUGUUGUUAGUGUUUUCUGCUCUGCGCUACUUCGGAAAGAGAGACCGAGUGUGUGUACUUUAGGAAGAUACAUGCACAGGACGUAAGCGGAUAUGCAAAGGCAGAUCUGAGCACAUAGACCUAAACACGCCGGGAGACGACAUGGCAGCAGAGAAGGAUUGUGCGGCCUUAUGAACCCAUGUGGAGGACGUUAGCCGUUUUUUGCUGCCGUUUUCUGGAUUUGAGCUUCAGGUGGAAAUCCAUGGGGCCCUGAGCUGGUUUGGGCAUCAUUCAUUUUCAGGCAUGGGCUGCACGUCCAGUUUGUUUCUACUACAGGCUCUGCGCACCAUACUGAGAAGAAACAACCCCAGCAACUGUUCACACCCGCAAGAAAGACUUUUUUUGGAAAUCACACCACUGGAAGAGGAGCCAGUCAUCAGUAAACCACACACUAUUUCCAUCAUGCAGGAGAAACCCAAACUGAUUGAUCCUUUGGACUAUGAGGCGGUCAUCUCAGAGCUGGAACCUGAGCUCAGGGAAGACCCACUGCAGGACUUGCUAUUAUUUCCAGACUUCGACUUUACUGUGUCCAGUCUUCCUGUGGAGCAGAGAACAGUGAAGUCCACUGUGCCAGAAGGUGCUGAUGAAAACACUGAAUGUCUGCUGGUCAGACAGGCCUGUCAGUACUUCAACUCCCAACAGCAUGUGGUCCAGUACAAAUAUGAAGAGUACGCUGGUGACUACCGCAUACUGCCCAGAAAGAUGUAUAAAGCUGAGAAGUUGCCCUCACACUCAUUUGAAAUCGACCAUGAAGAUGUGGACAAGGAUGAGGACACAACGUCAUUGUCAUCAUCCAAAGGUGGAGGAGGGAGUGGGACUGGAGGGGGAAUCGGUGUCUUUAAGUCUGGCUGGCUUUAUAAAGGAAAUUUUAAUAGCACCGUCAACAACAGUAUUACUGUUCGGUCCUUCAAAAGGAGAUAUUUUCAAUUAACCCAGCUGACUGACAACUCUUAUAUCAUGAACUUCUACAAAGAUGAGAAAAUCUCUAAAGAACCAAAAGGCUGCAUUUUUCUCGACUCGUGCACAGGGGUGGUUCAGAACAGUCGGCUGAGGAAACACGCCUUUGAACUGAAAAUGAAUGAGGUGACGUAUUUUGUCCUGGCUGCCGAGAAUGAGGUAGACAUGGAUGACUGGAUGAGCACACUCAUACGUAUCCUACAGAUUAGUCCUUCGGAUGGCUCGGUUCUGGACCGAAAAAGUAUGGACAUGAGCGAGAGUAAACAAGAUAUCAUUGAAAUGUCUUUGAAUGUUGUUCCGGUCCCUGUCCCUGAAAAUGAGGAACCAACUGAAAAAGGAAUUCACCCUGAUCUGGCAAAGUAUAUUUCUGAGACUGAAGAAGGGGCCAGAACUGCCAGAAGAGAGGAAAGACUAAACCUGUUCUCCCUGGACCCCGACAGUCCUGUUUUGAGGAGCCCAAGGCUGGAUUCUGGGGUGUCUGUUUCCGUCCGUCCGUUUGAGGAGAAACUUGGCAGGAGACUGAUGAUAUCCUGUCGUUCCCUCAACCUCACACUGCAGGGCUGUGUGAACGAGGUCGAAAAUGAACCGCUCACUAAUAUUGAGCCUUUUUUUGUAACGCUCGCUCUCCUGGACAUUCGAGAGGGCAGGAAGAUUUCCGCUGACUUCCACGUUGACUUAAACCAUGAGGUCGUGCGAAAGAUGCUCAACAACUGUGUUAAUUCAGGCGGUCAGGGGCUGGUUGAAGGUAAUGAUGUUGUGCAGGAGAAUGGACCUGCGGAGAAGAAAACUGAAGACUGCCAUCUGAGCCCAGACCUGGAGAACUGGUUGUGUUUCCCUAAACAGGCUAUUUUUUCCAUUACAAACCCGCACACAGACAUUAUGAUGGUGGCACGCGUGGAGAAAGUUCUGAUGGGAAAUAUCACCGGUGGCGCAGAACCUUACAUUAAAAACACAGAUUCUAGCAAGACUGUUCAAAAGCUGUUGAAGUCCAACAAACAGUUCUGUAGCAAACUUGGAAAGUACCGAAUGCCUUUCGCCUGGUCUGUAAGGUCAGUGUUUAAGGAUAAUCAGGGUAUGGUGGACAGGGAAUCUCGCUUUUCCCCUCUCUUCAAACAGGACGGCAACAAGAUCUCCACAGAAGACCUCAUCAAACUCAUCACAGAGUACAAGAGGGCUGAAAAGACCAGUAAACUUCAGACCAUCCCAGGAAGCCUUGAAAUAAAUGUGGACUGUGUUCCCAUGGAGUGUCCCAAUUGUGUGACAUCAUCAUAUGUUCCUCUGAGGCCGUUUGAGGACGGCAAUCUGCAUGCGGCUACGGUGGAGGUAGAGGAGUUUCAGCAGAACUCUCCAAAGUUUGCCCAUCCCUACACUGUCUACAAGAAUCACAUCUAUGUCUACCCUAAACACCUAAAGUAUGACAGCCAGAAGAGCUUUGCAAAGGCGCGAAACAUUGCCGUUCAUGUGGAGUUUCGCAGCUCAGAUGAAGAAAAUACCAAGCCAUUAAAGCGCAUCUAUGGAAAACCAGGAGGCCCAGUUUUUACCACGACUGCCUGGUCGACGGUUCUGCAUCAUUCGCAGAACCCAGAUUUUUAUGACGAGGUUAAGAUUGAGCUGCCCACACAUAUUCAUGAGAAACACCAUCUACUCUUCUCCUUCUAUCAUGUGACGUGUGACAUCAAUGCCAAAACUAGCUCAAAGAAGAAAGAGGCUCUUGAAACUCCAGUGGGUUACGCCUGGCUUCCUCUUCUGAAGGAUGGACAGCUUUCCUCUCAGGAAUUCAAUAUUCCAGUUUCGUGUACUUUGCCUGGUGGAUAUCUUCUCAUUAAAGAACCUUCAUCCAACAAAAAUGGCUCAGAUGUGAAAUGGGUUGAUGGGGGUAAGCCGAUCUUCAAAAUGUCAACUUUGGUGCUUUCUACAGUUUACACUCAGGACCCGCAUCUGAAUGGUUUUUUCCGGCAGUGCCAAAAUCGAGAGUCAGACCUCUCUCAACCUCCUACCUCAAAUUUUCUCAAUUCUCUAAAGGGUCUUCUAAGUAUGGAGAAGAUUCAUGUCAUCAUCCGCUUCCUGCCUGUUAUCUUCAACCAGCUCUUCAAAGUCAUCACCCAAAACGACACAGAAGAGGUGACCACCAGCACCACUAGGGUACUGGUCCACAUCCUAGCGAAGUGUCAUGAGCAGAACCUACAGCACUAUUUGCACUCCUACAUAAAGUUUGUGUUUAAGACUGAAACAUGCGGCUUCAGGACGGUUCACGAGGAGCUGGCAAAGGGAAUGACCUCCGAUCUCAAGAGCAACGAACAGGCAGUCAUCAGGAAUAUCCUUAGGUUCUCAUGGUUUUUCAUGGAGAUCAUGACAAAGUCUAUGGCUCAGCACCUAGUGGACUCUGUUAAGCUGAAGCUCCCCCGACCACAACGAUUCCCUGGAACCUUCCAGAGUCGACUGGAGAGCCUGAUUAUGACCAUGUCAGAUCAUAUCUACUGGAAAAACAAAGAGUUACCUGAGGAGACACGCAGUGCCAACAUGGCAAUAGCAGCAUUUCUUAAGCGGUGCUUCACGUUUAUGGACAGAGGUUUCACCUUCAAAUUGAUCAACAAUUAUAUCAACAAUAUCACAGCCAAUGACAACAAGAUGCUGUUUGAGCUGAAGUUUGAGUUCAUAAGGGAAGUUUGUAACUAUGAGCACUAUGUGCCUCUGAGUCUUCCCAUCCCAUCUGCACGAAUCACAGAUAAGGCAGCACCAGAAACCAGAAGUGCUCAGGUGGACAUUCCCGAAUACAGUUUGACUGAAGAGUUUUGCAGGAAGCAUUUUCUGACGGGAUUGUUGUUGAGAGAGCUGGGGCUCGCUUUGCAAGACGAACAAGACCUGAGACAUCUUGCCCUGGCCUGCCUGAAGAACCUCAUGGCCAAACACUCGCUAGACUCCCGCUAUGCUGUAAAGGAAAAACAGGCACGGAUAGCCACCCUGUACCUGCCUCUUUAUGGACUGAUCCUUGACAACAUGCCUCGGUUUUUCAUGAGAGAUCUGUUUUCAGUCUGCCUGACGAAUAAUGACCAGGAUUCCAAAGAAGAUUUGGCUGGUGGACCCGGUCAGACGGUCCUCGCCUUACGCAAUGGUAACUCAAUGGAUGCGUCCUUCUCCAAAGAGGUGCUCAACUCUAUUACAGCCUUUUCCUCACUGGCCAUAUCAACAGCAAACAAUGCAGACUCCAGAGGUUCGCUCAUUAGCAACGACUCAAACCCUAGCAACGGUGACCGGAACGGCGAGAAGACGGACGCAUGUGAAAAGGUGUGUAGUCUUGAUGUUGACCGUUCUGACAAUUCAAUCCCAAAUUUACAGAACAAAAGAUUGCCAGUUUUGUUUCAAUUUGCCAGGCCUCAGUCCCUCAUUGGUUUCGCUCCUCGCUUUGACAAACUGGACCAUGCAGAGACCAGAAGUCUGCUCAUGUGUUUUCUGCACAUCAUGAAGACAAUUUCAGAGGAGGUGAUGGUUUCAUACUGGCAACGAGCGAUUCAUCAGGAAAUCAAUGAUUUCUUUAACAUUCUGGAACUAUGUCUCCAACACUUCAGAUUUCUUGGAAAGCGUCACAUUGCCAGGAAGUUAGCAGCCGCUCUAAAGCUGGCUCAGGCCACGCAGAACAAUGGCACCCUGAAGGGGUCUAACAUGUCCUCCCAGACUUCAGGGCUCCUACCUCAAUGGAUGAUGUCCACUCAGGAUGGGCACAGACACGCCCGCUCUCAGACCAUGCCCAUCAUCAGGACUAAGAAUGCCCUCACUAACCCUAAACUGCUGCAUAUGAUGGAAGCAGAUGGAAAUAUUCCUGAGGGAGAUAACUUCAGCCCUACCGACAUUGAGGCUAGCCUCUCUACUGAAGUAGCCCUAACCGUUCUGGAUGUACUGGGCCUGUUUGUUCACCAUCACAAGAAACAGUUGCAACACAACGAAGGUCAAAACUCUUUGAUGAAGAAAGUGUUUGACACGUACAUGCUGUUCUUCCAGAUCAACCAAUCCACCACAACCCUAAGACAUGUCUUUACUGCUCUCCGCCUCUUUAUUCAAAAGUUCCCAUCAGCAUUUUUCCAGGGUAACGCUGAUCUGUGUGGCAGUUUGUGUUAUGAGAUCUUGAAGUGUUGUAACCAUCGGUCCAGCUCCACACAGAUGGAGGCGGCUGCACUGCUUUACUUCCUCAUGAGAACAAACUUUGAGUUUACAAACGGAAAGUCUAUCGUCCGCUCACACCUGCAGGUCAUUAAAGCAGUUAGUCAGCUGAUCGCAGAUGUAGGCAUUGGUGGGUCAAGAUUUCAGCAGUCUCUGGCCAUCAUCAACAACUUUGCCAAUGGGGAUGCACCACUUAAAAACACAGCAUUCCCAGCCGAGGUGAAGGACCUGACGAAGAGGAUUCGCACUGUGCUUAUGGCCACAUCUCAAAUGAAAGAACAUGAAAAAGACCCGGAAAUGUUGGUGGACCUGCAGUACAGCCUCGCCAACUCUUACGCCAGCACACCUGAACUCAGACGCACCUGGCUGGAGAGCAUGGCCAAGAUUCACGUUAGGAACGGAGACUUGUCUGAGGCAGCCAUGUGCUAUAUCCACAUCUCAGCCCUUAUAGCAGAGUCCCUAAAGAGAAGAGGUUACUGGAAGCCUGAGAAGAGUCGGAUCUCCAGCACGAACAAUGAGGAAAGCUGUGUCAUUAACUGUAACCCUUUACUAACCCUACCCCAGGAUGGAGAAACAUUGUUCAGUAUGGGCUGGGCCGCCUUUUUGAAUAUCUCUCCUAAUGUUAAAGAAGAGGGAGCAAUGAAGGAAGACGUGGGUACACAGGACACUCCUUACACUGAGGACACAUUGGUGGAGCAGUUGGAGCGGUGUGUGGAUUAUCUGUGGAAGUCCGAGAGAUACGAGCUCAUCGCGGAUAUUAACAAACCUGUCAUUGCUGUCUUUGAGAAGAGACGAGAUUUCAAGCGUUUAUCCGACCUGUACUACGACAUUCAUCGCUCAUAUCUGAAAGUGACCGAGGUUGUGAACUCUGAGAAACGCCUGUUUGGUCGAUACUAUCGUGUGGCUUUUUAUGGACAGGGGUUCUUUGAGGAAGAGGAGAGCAAAGAGUUUAUCUAUAAAGAGCCAAAACUCACAGGACUGUCAGAGAUUUCUCAGAGGCUUCUCAAACUGUAUUCAGACAAGUUUGGAGCUGAUAAUGUCAAGAUGAUCCAGGACUCCAACAAGGUGAAUCCGAAAGACUUGGACCCGAGAUUUGCCUACGUACAGGUGACGUUUGUACUGCCUUAUUUUGAUGAUAAAGAGCAGCUGGAGAAGAAGACUGACUUUGAACAGCAUCACAACAUCAGCCGCUUUGUCUUUGAAACGCCCUUCACGCUUUCGGGAAAGAAACACGGAGACGUGGAAGAACAGUGCAAGAGAAAGACCAUCCUGACCACGAGCUCCAGUUUUCCCUUUCUUAAGAAGCGUAUCGAGGUGGUGGAACAGCAAAGCACAGAGAUGAACCCCAUUGAGGUGGCGAUAGAUGAGAUGAGCCGAAAAGUGUCUGAACUCAAACAGCUGUGCAACAUGGAGGAAGUGGACAUGAUCCGACUUCAGCUAAAACUACAGGGCAGCGUCAGUGUUAAGGUAAAUGCAGGGCCUAUGGCAUACGCGCGAGCCUUUCUUGAGGAGAAAAAUGCCAAGAAAUACCCUGAUAACCAAGUCAAACUUCUCAAAGAGAUCUUCAGGCAGUUUGCAGACGCAUGUGGGCAGGCCUUACAUGAGAAUGAGCGUUUAAUAAAAGAAGAUCAGCUGGAGUAUCAGGAGGAGAUGAAAGCUCAUUAUAAAGACAUGAUCGCUGAACUGUCAGCCAUCAUGAAUGAACAGAUUCACCAAAGGUAGCCGGGAGCAAAACAACGCUUUGCCUUCUGAGCUGCCAGAAACUGCUUACACACCGAUGGACAAUUUGAUCCAAAAUGGCCGCCGAGUCCCACUGGCUACAGUUCUGAGGGAGUAGCAGAAUUUGCCAAUUAAAGUUUCUGACAAAAAUGGUAAAACAAAUUCUAGAAAUUACUAAAGUGCAAAAUAUUAAAGGGCACAUAUUGCACCAAAUCCACUUUUUGGCCCUAACUGACUGGUUAUUUUUACCCAAAAGCUUUUCUAAAUGUGUAUGUUUGCACAAUGUAGCGCUAAUGUGGCUAAAGAAACUAUUGUCUCAGAUUGUAUUAAUCAGAUCUAUUUUUAACCAAAAGCACUCACUUUCUGUUGGUAAGUAAGUAAGGAACUGUAGCUUAUUUGCAUUUAAAGGUACACAAAUGAAAACAGCGCUUUUAGGAGCCUUUGGACAUGACCUGUGGGUUAUUUUGAGCUGACACUUUACAGACACAUUUCAGGCAUACUUGAGACUUAAAUUACAUCAUGUAAAAAUGGGCAUAGUAUGUGUCCUUUAAAGUCUUUUUGAUAAAACAGAAGGCCAUCUUUGCCUAUGUAAUACAUUACACACGCACGCACAUCAUCAUAUUCACAUUUGCCUUUUCAGAUCCCAUUGUUUUACACAACAGGGACCUUUAUUAACUUCAGAUGUGUUCAACUAAGCAAAUCACUUGAUCAAAAUUUUUUUAGAGGACUUUCGGUUGUAAACAUUUUACUGAUAUACAGUACAUAGACUGUUUUAAGAGUUUAAGAAGAUGGCCAUGGUUUUUUAUUUUCUGUGAUACACACAGUUUGGUUGAACACAUCUCUAGUUCUGAGUGAAUGUAAAACUGUCCUAACAUGCUGAACAUUUAGACGACUCAUUUAACAAACACACAUGUGCUGUUUUAUAACAUUUUUAUGAUUGCCUAUGUGUUACUGUUUUUAUGUAAUGUUGAAUAUUGUAAAUAAGAAAUAUUAAUAUUUAAAAUUCUUUUUAUAUAUUAAAAAUUGAUAUCCGA